AUGCUUCAGCUAAUGGAGCUGUCCGAGUUUCGAAAUAUGGGCCCCCACAUGCCCACCACUAUAAUCGACAUACCAGAAAAACCUGAGAAUCGUCAGCCCACAGACAGGACUUUUAUUAUAGUCUUUGCAGUAUGUGUGGUACUACUGAUGCCGUUUUUAAUCUAUAAUUUGGCUUACGCAGACAUUCGCAAACUGUAUGGAUACGAUAAAUGUGGCAAUCUAUGCGGUACCACGAACACAAAAUACGAAAAAUGGGACUGUACUGGUAAAGAUUACACCGACAAAAAGUAUUUGGAGCCAACAGAUAAUGAAGGAAAAACUUUCGAGUGCGUGGAAAGCUGUGGGCUCAAUUAUACUGACCUUUAUGGCGUUUGCGUGAGAUCCCAUUCUGAAGAUGACAUAAAUGAUGACUGGACGGACAUGGGACUGUACUUUUCAGAUGGAAUGGUUAUAUUCAAGCUUAUUGUUUGUUCUGUGAUAACUGUUGGUAUCAGCGUUGCAGUCCUGUACGCCUUCCGAUACGUGAUAAAGGUGGUGGUGUGGGGUAUCGUUAUAUGUGUCUUCGUCUUGGGCGUAAUUAUAAUGGCUGUGAUGUGGUCGAUCUACAGUGAGAUGACCGACAACAUCAUCUUGCUGAUUUUAUGUAUUAUAAGCACUAUUUUCCCAAUCGUGUACGGUGUAUUGGCUUACAAGUCAAGGGACAGAAUUUCUUUGGUCAUUCUCUUGCUUACUGAAUCUAUCAACGCUAUCUUUGCCAUGCCUUCAUUGGUCUUCAUUCCCAUUUGUACUUUCUUCGCAGACACAAUAAUAAUCACCCUCUGGCUGACAACAACCAUUUACAUGUGUUCCGCUGGUGAGCUAACUGCGGAUCCAGAAACGGAUGUGAUGACUUACGAGCUAAGCGACGGCACGUCAGUGACGAUAUUCUACAACUCAGUUAUAACAGUUUGGUCCCUCUAUUUUGUCAGCGGAUUGCAGUACAUGGUUAUCGGAGGAGCCGUGUCCGAAUGGUACUUCGCAAACGAUAAGAGCUACCUGUGUCAGCCAGUGAGGAGAAGCUUCAAAGUUGCCUACAAGUUUCACAUGGGAACCUUGUUCUUCGGAUCGCUCGUGAUAACGUUGGCUCAUCUAGUUCGAUUUAUAAUCAAGGGACUCACCAAAAACCGACUGACACGGAUAUGCGUAGAUUACUGUCUGAGGAUGGUGUUGGAUAUUUUGAAUUUCCUCAAUCAAACCGCAUAUAUCGUAACAGCAAUGCACGGACAACCCUUUUUGAAAUCUGGCAAGAGGGCAGCUGUGCUACUCACUACAAACCUCUCGGACGUAUUAUUGAUGAACAUUAUAGUCCAAUUUACGUUGUGUGUUAUAAUAAUAUUCAUUGCCUUCACAUCUCUGAUGCUAUCAGCUCCAUUUUUCUUGGGGGGAACGGAAACAAGACAGGAUACAAAUGCUGUCUUCGUCGUGUUUCUUAUGGCGGUAUUUGCUGGAUGUACUUUUGUGUCACUGAUUCAAACCACCAUUGACACCAUCUUCAUCUGCUUCUGCGAGGACAAGGUCCUGAACGACGGGAUGGCGCGGCCCUACGCCAUGUCCAAGGAACUCAUGGACUUCGUGGAUAACGUAAAAAAAGUGGUGGGAAAGAACGAUUACGGACAGAUGGACCAACAGUAUCCCCAGCCUGUGUAAAAAUAGGUCUUUCAAGUAAACACUAUUUUUUUAUAAUGUGGUACCCUAUAUCCAAUCUAUAAUUAGAGUUGAAUCAAAACCAAAUUAAUUUUCGAUGUAAUGGUAAUGCUUUUCGGAGAUCUUUCAUUUUGACUUUUAUCCAACGUGAUUAUCUAGUUCAUAUAUCGUUAUCAUAAAAAGUCUGGAUUUCUGAAACUACCCGAGAACCGCGUCAGAAAUCAGGACUGAAGUCAAGACAAUAUAGCCAUUGGCUUACCUAGUACAUUAAGAAAUUUAAAUAAAUAAUUAAUGCUAUUAAUGAUUGUGUAGUUAAAUUUAUAAAUGUUAAUAUGUUAUAUCUUUAAACAUGUGUCCAACGCCGAUCAGAAGAUUUUACAAUUUUUUUUUCGUACAGUACUGUGAAGGUUCAUUGGGUCCAUUUUUUUGGUAAUCAUACUGAGACGUAGACUGUACAUAUUCUAUAUCAAACCCACAAUUUUUGUUUAUACGGCAUUGUGUCAUAGGGACUUUACUGCCGAAAAGAAAAUAUUUGGUGUAAAUAAUAUAUAAUGGAUGGGGUAGAAAACACGAAAUUUAAUCCAAUGAAUGAAUGGUGUUAAAGCCAAAAACAAUGAUUACAUGAAUAGCCACGUCAAUUACCAAGACUGAACAUAUUUUUGGUAGUUCAUUAUAUCUAAGCAAUAAGUAGAACCAAUUUAUCAACGAAAAAAUCAGUACAAUAACGUGUUAAAAAUGUUUCUACUGUUAAAAUAAAAUAUUUAUAUUUCUACAACACUUAUAUAAAGAAAGUGUAAAUCUAAUGUUCUGAUUGUAGAUCUUAAAGUUUCUGUAGCUUGUUAAGAUACGGAAAAGUUUAUUCGAAUCAUUUUCUACCUCAUUCAUAAUGUACAGUAUCUGUUAAAGUUAUUCAAUAUUUUACUAAUUGUUCAAGAUUUCCGCAACAAAGACUACCUACUUAUUUUGUGUGAUACACAAAAGGAAUCAGUAGGUAUAUAGAGUAUAUUAGUUAUAGUCAAUAAAAAAACUAUUAUCCUCUUUACGCCCCACAUAAGUCACCAAAAAAGUAUUACAAAUUUUAUUACUUCUUGAUAAUUAUAUUUACUAUCUAUAAAUAUUCUAAACUUUU